AUGGUCAUACUCACCAGGAAUACCUCGUCAGCUGGUGUGAAGAGGAAGCUAUCGGUGAAGGAGGCGCUGAAGGACCCAGUGACUCUUAAGGAUUUACUGAUGAGGCCCGGAACUUUCAGGUAUAGGUUGGUCCGACCAGCAGACGGCGAGUGGGGCUCCAAGAAGCCUAGUGGGAGGUGGAGCGGAAUGGUCGGGCAAGUCUAUUAUCAGGAAACCGACAUCGCCCUGGGCCCACACGACCUCACCGAAAUCCGGAAAACGGCCAUCGAUUACACCACCCCGAUAUUCAAUGACGCCCGCAAGUUCGUUGUGGGUCAAAGUCGAGCGGAAGUGGAUCCUUGGGGGUUCUUGUUACCUUUGACCCCGCUGGUCUGGGUGGGGACGCUGGUGUCUUUGCUUAUCGUGGGAUUCAUCACAACAGCCAUAGCAGAAAAUUACAAAGGCGAGCCACUGAUGGCGUACGCUACUGCUGUGUUUUUCCACACCUACAGGAUAAUCAUCGUUCAAGGCAUGACAAUGAAACUGGAAAAAGUAUCCGAAAGAACUAUGGUGCUUUCGUGGAUAUUUGGCGCGAUGAUCAUCUGCUGGAGUUACAGUACGAACCUGAUGUCUCUCUUGGCUGUGAGGUACGCCCCCAGACCCAUACAGUCGAUCCAGGAUUUGCUGGACAACGAUAAGAUGACCGUUAUCUUCACUCCCAACACAGCUCUGACGGACUACAUCGAAAACGUAGAGAGUGGCUUACUACGCGAUAUAGUAAACCUGCGCUUAGUCGGCCGAUACAAAGACAUCCACUUCACAGAAUUCCCCAAAGUCCUGGGGACCCUCGUCCUGAGAGGAGAUCACGUCAUUGCCACAGACACCACAGACGGAACGCGCCUCAUCGCCAAUUACUUCUCGCAAUUUGGCUCUUGUAAUUUUUACAUGGCUAGAGAAGCCUUUGUCCCUUUCGUGAUGGGAAUGAUUGGACAGCAAGGUAGUCCUUUAGUGGAAGCCCUCACUCACAGGAUCGGGGCAAUCGUGGCAGGUGGGAUGUAUCGCCAAUGGCUCGACUCAAAUUUUGCGAAUUCCUCUUCGUGUCGUCAUAUGCCUUCUAGAUUUACUGUGAGAGAACCUUUGGCCAUGAUUAAUAUCUGGGGACUGUUCGUUUUGCUCGCAAGUGGACUUCUCGUCGCUGGACUCAUCUUUCUGCUGGAACUGUUCUUUGCGAACGUGUCUGGUGUAGUAGACAUAUCGGCAAUUACGGCACCAGUUUUUGGCAGGCGAGAGAUGUAG